CAUAAUCAUUUUUUAUAAGUACAAUUGUGCAAUCACAAUCAUGAUCCAUUUCUUGAACUACAAGUAGGUGUACUGCAGUCUUUUCUCUUCUGAAUACAAAUUUGUUACAACAUGGCUCAAGAAACGGUGGUGAAAAGGGUUCAAUUAGCAAUAAGGCUAUUUGUGUUGGUAUCGUUUCUGGGUUGGAUUCUCAUUUGGAUAAUGAUGCCCACAAAUACUUUUACACAAACAUGGAUGCCUCCAUACACGGCAAAGACUAAUUCAACCUAUUUUGGUGCAGCAGGUGGUGAUAUUCUAUUGUACACUUUCCCAGUCUUGCUCGCAGCUACUUUGGGGUGUGUCUACAUCCACUUAGCCAAAACGUUAAAUGAUUCCAACGUCGAAAGUAACCGCAAUGCAAAGAAACGUGAGUCAACCAUAUGGAAGCGUCCAAUGCUUACAAAAGGCCCUCUGGGGAUUGUUUCCGCCACAGAGCUAGUAUUCUUGCUUAUGUUCAUUGCACUCCUAGUUUGGACCUUUAUAAUUUCUAUACAAAUAAGCUUUGCAGGAAUCACUGCAGAAUCAGCAGCAGAGGAUGGCUGCACUAUUUGGGAAGAGAAACUAUCUACGGCAGCAUCAAUAUUUGGUGUGGUUGGGAACAUAUGCUUGGCAUUUCUGUUUUUUCCCGUGGCUCGUGGCUCAUGCAUGCUGCCACUGCUUGGCCUCACCUCAGAGAAUAGCAUUAAGUACCAUGUUUGGAUUGGACACAUGACCAUGCUACUCUUCACUUUUCACGGCAUUUGCUACAUCAUCGUUUGGGCAGCUAUUCAUAAAAUUUCAUCGAUGCUGGAAUGGAACAAUACUGGUAUAUCAAUUGUGGCUGGAGAGAUAGCUUUGCUUUCGGGUUUGUUCCUAUGGAUUGCAACCAUUCCUUGCGUUAGGCGAAAAUGCUUUGAGCUCUUCUUUUACUCUCAUCAUCUUUACAUUCUCUUCAUGGUCUUCUUCGGCUUUCAUGUUGGCGUGUCUGGUAUCUUCUUUAUCCUCCCUGGUUUCUACCUCUUCUUGGUUGAUCGUUGCUUAAGGUUUCUACAGUCAAGGCGCCAAGUUCGUUUGGUUUCUGCUCGGGUUUUGCCGUGUGAAGCCGUAGAACUCAACUUCUCCAAGGGAUAUGGAUUAACUUACAACCCCACAAGUGUGAUGUUCGUAAAUGUACCAAGCAUAUCUAAGCUACAGUGGCAUCCAUUUACUAUUACUUCUAAUAGUAAUUUGGAGCGAGACAAGCUAAGUGUUGUUAUUAAAAGUGAAGGAACUUGGACCAAGAAGCUCUAUCAGCUGCUUUCACCUCCUUCAACAGUCGAUCACCUUGUUGUUUCUGUUGAAGGUCCUUAUGGACCUGUUUCAACAAAUUAUCUAAGGCAUGACACGCUUGUGAUGGUGAGUGGAGGAAGUGGUAUCACACCUUUUAUCUCCAUCAUUCGGGAGCUAAUAUAUCUCAACACUACAUUCAAAUACAAAACUCCAAAAGUUGUUCUAAUUUGUGCCUUCAAAAUUUCGUCAUCUCUUUCAAUGCUAGAUUUGAUCCUCCCAAUAUCUGACAACCCUUCUGACAUUUCUACUAUGGAACUACAAAUCGAGGCCUACAUCACAAGAGACAAGGAGCUUAAAGCAAAUGGUCCAAUUCACCCUAAAACCAUAUGGUUGAAGCCAAAUCCAUCUAAUGCACCAAUACAAGCUAUAUUAGGUCCAAACAGUUGGCUCUGGCUUGCUGCUAUAAUCUCAUCCUCUUUCAUCAUUUUCCUUAUCUUAAUAGGGAUCAUUACCCGUUACUACAUUUUCCCUAUUGAUCAUAACACAAAUCAAAUAUUCUCAUCCUCUUUGAAUGCAUUCCUUAACAUGUUAGUAAUAUGUGUGUCAAUAGUAAGUGUUGCUAGUGUUGGAUUUCUUCAUAAUAAGAAAAAUAAUGCUAAAGAAGCAAAACAGAUUCAGAAUUUGGAAGGCUCAACACCAACAACAUCACCAAACUCCACGGUAUACAAUGAAGAUAGAGAAUUGGAAAGCUUUCCAUAUCAAUCCCUCAUUCAUGCUACUAAUGUGCAUUAUGGUGUAAGACCUGACCUAAGAAGAAUACUAUUGGAACACAAAGGUUCAAGUGUUGGAGUUCUAGCUUCAGGACCCAAAAUAAUGAGGCAGGAGGUUGCAACCAUUUGCUCGUCUAGUUUAGCUGAAAAUUUACAUUUUGAGUCCAUUAGCUUUAGUUGGUGAUUUUACUCUUACUGUUGUAAAGGUGCAAAAUGUUAAAGAUAGACCUUUGGAAGAAGGUAGUAGUUUAAGUUGAGUCAGCUUUGAUGGACCUCUAAUUUUGUUCCUUUUACUUAAAAUGAAUGAUAUU